GUCUCACGCCCCAGUCUAGUUGCUGUUUGGGAUCUCAAGCACUUCACCUGAUCUCGCCCGGGGGCUGGGCAAAUCACUCAGCCGUUGCUAAACUGCUUCUCCUGCCUGCUCAGUUUCUCUCAACCAAAGAUACCAGAGCAAGCUCUCAACACUCAAUAGCUGGACGUCCCACAGUAGCGAUUCCCUGAGGAGAACCGGGAGAUCUUGAGACCGCGAUCGAUGGCUUGGAUUAAGUCGAGAUAUAUCUUUUGUCUCUUCCUUUUAACGUUCCAGGUGUGUUCUCUGACUGGAAAAGGCUGCAAGAAAGGAUUUGCCAAACACCGGUUUAAAUCGGAGGUUUCUCCACAGCUGUUAAAAGGGGAUGAUGUGCUUAAAGUUACUUUCCAUUAUUGCAAUUUGGGAAAACACAUUAAGUUAAGUACCAAUGACGACAACUUUGGGAUCCAGUCCAACGGCAAGGUGUUUGCAACUCGUACCCAAUCCAUCCACUCAACCUAUCGCUUCAAGGUUCUCGCAAAGGAUUUAACAAGUCACGAGAAAUGGAAUGUUACGGUCCAUUUAGUGUCUUCAGCAAAUCGCCCGAACCUGGUUUUGAGGAAGCACGCUGUUCCCGUGCUCCAUUUCCAGAAACACAGCAACUUGCGCCGACAGAAGAGGGAGUGGAUAAUCCCGCCAACCUCCGUCAUGGAGAAUGACCCAUUUAUGAACAACCCCGUCGCCAUUGUUAUCUCUGACAUCCAAGCCUAUGAAUCGUUAACCUACACCAUCUCAGGACCAGGGGUAGACCAACCUCCAAUUGGCUUGUUUGUGAUCGGCACAAAGACAGGCUAUUUAAACAUCACAGGCCAAGUGGAUCGUGAAAAAAACCCCGAAUUUAAGCUGACGGCACAAGCGCUGGAUAAAUCUGGUCAACCAAGAGAGAAGCCCCUGGAACUUGUGAUUGAAGUUGGGGAUAUGAAUGAUAACGCCCCGGUAUUCCAGCAGCAAGUGUUCAUGGGAGGUGUUGAAGAACUGUGCACAUUUGGUACCGUGGUUCAGAAUUUAACAAUCGUAGCCACAGAUGCAGACAUAGGAAAUAAUGCCCGUAUUGCCUACAGUAUUCAAUCCCAGGGAGGCAUGAAUAUGUUUGAGACGUUUGGUAAUGGAAUGGUUAGAACAAUAGCAACUAACUUAGACAGAGAGACCAAAGAUUUGUACACCCUUGUGGUGAAAGGGCAAGAUUUGAAUGGAAACUACAAGGGGUUGGCUUCGACUGCAAACGUCCAAAUCCAUAUCCUGGAUGUCAAUGACAAUAUUCCAACCUUGGAAAAAUAUGAGUAUGAAGUAUCUGUUCAGGAGAAUACUGUGAGCGAUGAAGUGACACGCAUACAAGUGAUCGAUAUGGACCAAGAAUAUACCGAUAACUGGCUGGGAAACUUUGAGAUUAUUGAGGGGAAUGAAGGAGGCCACUUCCGAUUUGUGAUGGAUGAGAAAACCAAUGAAGGAAUCCUCGUGCUUCAAAAGGAACUGGAUUAUGAAGAGUCAUCAACUCGAGAACUUCUCCUCCGAGUUACCAACAAAGCAAAGUAUCACUCUUCUGUUAUGACCAGUUUAGCCGCUGGUGGAAUUUCCAUCAUCGGAGGCGGAGGCGGAGGCGGAGGCGGAGGCGGAGGCGGAGGCGGAGGCGGAGGCGGAGGUGGAGGCGGAGGUGGAGGUGGAGGCGGAGGUGGAGGCGGAGGUGGAGGCGGCAAGCCUAUUCGGUUAAUAGUCAAUGUAAAGGAUCAGAAGGAAGGGUUCUCAUUCAAGCCAACCACAAAGAGAAUCACCAUCAGCGAAAACAGUAAGAAAGUCACAAUCGGUCAGAAGCUGGGAAGGUACCCAGCCAUCAGUGCUGACACUGGCAAAGAGAGCACAACUGUCAGAUAUGCAAAAGGUUCUGAUGCAGCCAACUACUUAUUUAUUGACCAAGAAACGUCAGAGAUCUCUCUGGCCAAAAUACCUGACCACGAGUCUGAACAUGUGGUGAAUGGGAAGUACACAGCGACUAUACUGGCCAUAAAUAACGAGGGUUCCGUUCCCACAACCUCCACUGGCACCGUAGUGAUAGAUGUGGAUGAUGAAAACGAUAACAUUCCCAUCAUAAGUGAUCUUCGGCCCUGCAUGUGUGACAAAGAUGCCUCUUUUAUCGUCACUGCCAAAGACCUGGAUGCCCAUCCAAACGCUGCCCCUUUCACGUUUAAGCUCUCAGACACAUCAGAAAUUACCAAGAAUUGGAAGAUUCUACAAAGAGACGGUACCAGCGUGAUGCUCCAGCCCUUGAAAGAACUCUGGCCUGGCAAGUUUGACAUCCCAAUCGAGGUGUUGGAUAAUAAAAAGGCAGGCAAAGUCCAGAACCUAGAGCUUCAAGUGGUGGAGUGUUCCGGCAAAGAUGGGAGCUGCUCGGAAAAGGCAACGUACAUUGGUUCCAGUGAUGCUCGCCUUGGCCCAGCAGCCAUUGGGCUGAUGGCACUCGGGGCUCUGUUGUUGCUACUUGUUCCUCUCCUGCUGCUGUUCUGCAAGAGUGGUUCUGGAGCGUUUGGAGGUGCCGGUGGAGCUCAAGAAUUCAUACCAAUGCCCAUUGAAUCACAUGGAACCGUGGAACAUAAAAAUAUCGAGGGCGGAGGAGAGAGAGACACGAACGUGCCUCUGCUUCCGAUAAACACGCACGGCAAUGCUGGAAUGGGGACGUCCAUGAGCGAGGUUGAUGGAUUCAAGGGAAGAUCCGGUUACAUGGUGCAAAAUCUGGUUAGUUCAGCAAACAUAGCUACCCAAAACAUGCCCAUGACCAACCAAGGCAUGUCCACGGCCAACUAUGGGAUGUCCACGGUCAACCGCACAAUGUCAGGUGGAGGUGGCAUCAGAAGAAAUAGCCAACGCUUUUCCAAUAUGGAGUCGAACAUGAACAUGAACAUGUAUGCAUCGGAGAAUGGCAAAUUUGGAACAGCGUCAGGAGAUGGCCUUAUAGGCUUCAUGGACUCGUACAUCAACGAGAAAGUACACACGCAUAGUUUUGGGGAGCAAGCUGGUCCCACCCGAGACACUCUGCUGGUGUAUAAUUACGAGGGAGAGGGGUCACUGGCUGGAUCGAUCGACAGCUGUGACAUCAUCGAUGACGGAUUCCAGACCGGGCACUCCUACCUGAAUGAUCUUGACCUGAAGUUUAAGACUUUGGCCGAUAUCUGCAAUGGUAAAGAGCAGAAACAAGAGUUGACGGUAACCCUGGACACUCCAGUACAGCAAGAAGUUGCGACGAAGCAGGAGUUUGUGAGGAGGCAAGAAUUUGUGCAGAAGCAAGAAGAACCAGCUUACAUGGUGCAAAAUCUGGUUAGUUCAGCAAACAUGGCCACCCAAAGCAUGCCCAUGCCCACCCAAGGCAUGUCCAUGGCCACCCAUGGGAUGUCCAUGAUCAACCACCCCCCGCAGUACAUCUCUGGAGGAAUGCAAGGAAUGACCAUCAUUCCUGACUCAACCCUAAUGAGGAAGAAUUAUGUGGUGACCACCACUAUCAACCCAGUGGAGGAAAUGGUGACCGACCCAGGUUUUGACCACCAAAACCUUGUCGCCACCAAUCUGGUUAAUACCAUCCCAAGGAGGGUCGGCGUGAUCGAGGAUGGUUCGGCAGCCCACCAAAAUAUUGUGGUGACCAAGAUGGUUAACGCCGCUGGCGCUGGAGGGAUCUCAGAAAUGUUCAUGGACCCAUCAAUUGGCCAUCAAAACGUGGUCAUGACUAAACAAUACAGCACCAGUCCCAGGGGAGGUCAAGGAAUGGUCUUCAGUCCCGCCAUGGCCCAGCAAAACACCAUGAUGACCACAAUGGUUGACGGCGGCUCAGGGGGGAUGUACGGGAUGGUGGUUGGUGGGCCAGGGCACGCGGUGGAGAAGAACGUGACGCUGACCAGGUCGGUCCACGGGGGAGGGUCCCAGCACGGGGCAGGCCACGUGGCCUUCGACCACCACCCCGCCAUCCACAAGAACGUCACGCUGAACAAGUCAGCCCACUCCGGCGCGGAAACGUUUCCCAGCAAGGCGGGCAUGCAGAAGGCCAGAGAUUCCCAGAGCUCCGUCACGUCCAUGACCAAAGUCACCAAAGUCUCACAGCUGAUGCAAGAGUAACCAGCUCCCCGCUUCCACGUGCCGCACACCUCCGUCUAAAAAUAGCAUCUGGUGGAGGACGGGGGUUGAAAAUAUCAAUGUACUUUUUCAUCCACAAAUCUACAUGUGCAUAUCUCAAGAGUCAAGAUGGUCUAAUUGUCAUAUGUACCAAAAUCAUUACUUGGAGCAGCAUAACUGGCUGGUAAAUACUUCUAUCACAAAAAUAAAUGUUCAAUAAAAUAAAAAUGAAAACAAUAUUAGUUCAAAACAAAAGGCCAAAGUCCCUAGUGUAAACUAAGACAGUUCCUGGUCCGAAGCUUAAGGGCCUGUCUCACCAUGCAAGUUUAACCAAGAGCUCUCCCAAGUAAAAAAAAAAAUCAAACUUGUGGUAUUCUACGAACUCCUACAACCUUCCACGAGUAUGUUCACGAGCUCCUACGAGUAAAAAGUAACAAUUGUUUUCAUCACGUGUAUAUUUUUACUCGUGAAGCUUUUAUCAACAUUGUGAAAAAUGUCCAUGAGUAAAAAUAUACUUUAGUUGGUGUCGUGUAGUGUUAAAGACCCUGGUGGUUGCAGGGAAGAAGCUGCUCCUGAACCUGGACGUUACAGUUCUCAGGUUCCAGUACCUUCUUCCCGAUAGCAGGAGUGAAAUGAGAGGGUGAUGUGGGUCUCUGAUGAUGCUGGCUGCCUUUCUGAGGCAACAACUCCUGUAGAUCCUGUCAAUGGAGGGGAGGCCAGUACCCGUGAUGAACCGGGAAGUGUCCACUAUAAUCUCCCACGUUCCUAGUUUGUGGCACACUUCUGCAUUGUUACCCCAAAGGUGAAAUUAUAAAAAAAUCAAUUAUCAGUUAUAGCAUGAGGAAAUGAUUAAAGCUGCUUUUCCCAACAUUAAGGAAGGAACGGGGGAGACAAAUUAAUUGGACUGUUGGCACACAUAAUGGGCCGCGAAGUUUAUUCGGUAUUAUCGCUUACACUUUGUGAGAAGCUAAUUCAGUGACAUGGAUUAGGGAAAUGGGAGUUAAUAAAAAGCUGUUACCCAUGUAGUGCAAUGGAGAUCCAGAAUCUACUGCCUUAAAAGGUUUAAGGUUAAAAGGCACACUUUAGAGCGGCGUGGUGGAGCAGCAAUAGAGUUGCUGCCUUACAGCUGCCAGAGACUUGGGUUUGAUCCUGAUUCCAGGUGCUGUCUGUACAAAAUGGGUACAUUCUCCCUGUGACUGCGUGGGUUUUCCCAGGGUGCUCCAGUUUCCUCCCACAUUCCAAAGACGCACAGAUACGUUGGUUAAUUGGCUUCAGUUAAAAUUGUAAGUUGGCCCUUGUGUGUAGGACAGUGCUUGUGCACGGGAUCACUGGACGGUGCGGACUCGGUGGGCGAAGGGCGUGUUUCCGCACUGUAUCUCUAAAGUCUAAAGUCUAAAAGGGGUGUGGUGGUAGAAAUCUUUGUCACAUAAUACAUUUUAUCCUAGUUAGCUAUGGACAGGGUGCUGGAUAUGGAACUAAAUGCAAGAAACAUAGAAACAUAGAAAUUAGGUGCAGGGGUAGGCCAUUCGGCCUUUCGAGCCUGCAACGCCAUUCAUUAUGAUCAUGGCUGAUCAUCCAACUCAGUAUCCCAUACCUGCCUUCUCUCCAUACCCUCUGAUCCCCUUAGCCACAAGGGCCACAUCUAACUCCCUCUUAAAUAUAGCCAAUGAACUGGCCUCAACUACCCUCUGUGGCAGAGAGUUCCAGAGAUUCACCACUCUCUGUGUGAAAAAAGUUCUUCUCAUCUCAGUUUUAAAGGAUUUCCCCCUUAUCCUUAAGCUGUGACCCCUUGUCCUGGACUUCCCCAACAUCGGGAGCAAGAAUGCACUUUCAUACAGCAAAAAACUCCUUCCAUUAACGGGAAGGGUGUGGAGGCUUUGGAGAGGGUGCAGAGAAGGUUUACCCAACGUUAGGAGGUAUUAGCUACAGGGAGAGGUUGGACAGACUUGGAUUGUUUACUCUGGAACGCAGGAGGUUGAAGGGAGACCUGAUUGAAGUAUAUAAAAUUAUGAACGGCAUAGAUAGGGUAGACAGCCAGAAAUGUUUUCCCCAGGAUGGAAGUAUCAAAUACUGGAGGGCAUAGUGGGGUGGCACAGCUGUAGAGUUGCUGCCUCACAGCGCCAGAGACCCAGAUUCGAUCCUGACUACGGGUGCUGUCAGUACAGAGUUUGUACCUUCUCCCUGUGACUGCGUGAGUUUUCUUCAGUUGCUCCUGUUUCCUCUCAUACUCCAAAGAGUGUAGAUUAAUUGUCUUCUGUAAAUAGUCACUCAUGUGUAGGAUAGAACUAGUGUAAGGGGGUUCACCGGUCUGCAUGGACCCGGUGAGCCGAAGGGCUUUUUUACCACGCAGUAUCUCUAAAAGUCUAACGGUCAUAGAUUUACGGUGAGAAGGGUGAAGAAGAUAUGUAGGGCAUGGUUUUUUUUACACAGAGGGUGGUGGGAGCCCGGUACACACUGCCAGGGGUGGUGGCAGAUACAGUAGUGGCGUUUAAGAGGUUUUUAGAUAGGCACAUGGAUAUAAAUAGACAAUAGGUGCAGAAGUAGGCCAUUCGGCCCUUCAAGCCAGCACCGCCAUUCAAUGUGAUGGCUGAUCAUCCACAAUCAGUACCCCAUUCCUGCCGUCUCUCCAUAUCCCUUAACUCCGCUAUCCCUGAGAGCUCUAUCUAACUCUCUCUUGAAAACAUCCAGAGAACUGGCCUCCACCGCGCUAUGCAGGAAGUGGAGGGAUAUGGAUUAUGUGUAGGUAGAUAAGUUUGUUUUGUUAUGUUCAGCACAGACAUUGUGGGCCGAAGGGCUUGUUACUGUACUGUACUGUACUGUUCUAUAUUCUAUGUUCCAUGUGAUUCUAUAAUGUAAAACUAGCACUUAUUCAAAAUAAGCUGAACAAUGGUCGUUAUUUAAUAAAUCGACUAUUUAAAUAAAUGCUGGUUAUAUCUAUCUAUCUAUUAUUAUAUAAAAGUCUGUGGCUGCCGCCUGCCAUCCGUCUGUCCGGCUGCCUUUCUUCCUUUUGAUUCGCUGCUCCUUCCUAUCAGCUUCCAACACACUUCAAAACAAAGUUGCAAGACAGGAACACUCUGAACUUUUCACCUCAAUGGGAUAUCACAGCAAGUGCUUCAACAGGAGGGGGUUCACCUCAAUGGGAUAUCACAGCAAGUGCUUCAACAGGAGGGGAGGGCCAAUUGGUAUUGCAAUUGGAACUGCUGCAGCAGGCAGGGGAGGUGCAAUUGGAGGUUUUUUUCAAUCCACUGCUGAGGGAGGCAGGGGAGUGCUAGAAUCUUACAUUUGGGAACGGGUUCAGUUCCGUUGGAGGAGACGGGUGCAUGGUGGAAUAUUGGGUUGGGGGAUCACACCAUUGGGGGAGCAGACGGGCCCAACGGGUCUGCACUUGGUCUAGUUUUCCAAUAUAAUGUACAGAUAUGGCAACAAAAUAUUGAUUUGUUGAUAGUGCACAGAUAUAUAAGUUUUACUUUCUUUGUAUGUAACUGAUUCAGAACAAUAUAUCGCAAGCAGUUAGCAUGGGGCUCGGACAUUAGAGUCAUUGUGCAUGUUAGACAUAUAUCCUUACGGUUGCAGCUUUUAAUCUAUAUACUGUAUAUAAGACUAAAGGAAAUAAAGAACAGGAAUGUAGUGGAAAUACUCAGUGGGUCAGGCAGCAUCUAUGGAGCUGAUGUUUCAUGUUGAAGAUGUAGCAUUAGAACUGGGUAAAUGUAGUAGUCCAACAACAGGGGAAGAGGCACAAGGAACUGCAGGUGCUGGUUUACAAAGAAAGGCACAGACUGCUGGAGUAACUCAGCGAGUCUGGCACCAUCUCUGGAGAACAUGGAUAGGUGAGGUUUACAAUCGGGACCCUUGUUUCAGAGAGAUCAGUCUGUUCUCCCUGUGACUGCGUGGGAUUUUUCCGGGUGACUGUAUCGGGUUGGUUGAUCUGUCCUCUCUAUAGUGAUCACUUGUAACAUAGCGGCUCCGUUUACGCUGAAAUAGUUGUAUAUGUUGAUGUAACUGCCUGGCUGGUGAUGUCCUCAUGAUAUUGUGAAGAAUUUAUAUUUUAAUGCAAAAGAUCUAAAAAAAAAUAAACGUUUCAAAACAUAA